GAUCAUCACAACAUUCGAGUUUGAUCUUCGCCAACUUUGCCGCUAUCUUCCCCAUCCGUGCCCGCCUGCACCAAUCCCGACCAAGAUUGCCUCUUUGGAAUUACCGUCGACACAACCCAUUCGCUUUGCCGUCAUUGACUAGUUGCGGCUUUUUGCCGUCGUCAAGCGCACAGCGCUCAUCCUGAGAUCGCCUUGGGUUUGCUGGGUGCCAGCUCAUAAGUUCGGGUGCGUCCCGACGGCGUCGCAAAAUAGCAGAUUAUAGUCACUCGUUUAUAACCUCACUAUGCUACUUCCAAAUCGCAUUCCUCUUCCCCUUAGAUCCGGUGCCAGUAUGCUGGCAUCCAGAGAUACCGGAAGCCCUGGGGUUCAGGAUAAUGCACCAUCUCAAACAGUAUUCGUGAUCAUUGGCAUCCUAGGUGGUAUAUUACUGGUCGUUACUUUGUCAUUCUGCUUUUACCGCUAUAAGUCGAAAUUCGGAUUUGGACAGACAGAACGGGGAAAGUACCAACCAACAAGCGAUACUGAGACCGUUGAGACGACUGCCCGGAAUAGAAGACAGCGAGAUGGCCACUCGGAUCCUAGCCUCUCAGUCUCGCAAACGAAUCAAACCAGCGCGGUGUCACGGGUGGAUAGAAAUACGUCUAUUCGAUCCGUCAUAACUCUCCCUGCAUAUAUGCCGAAGGCGAAUGAAAAUGAGCAGGUUAUUGGCCGCGAGGGAGAACGCGACGGCGUUGACGUCGUGGUAGAAUAUCCGACUGCUGAGGAGUUAGAGAGCAUGCGGGACGAAGAGAUGGAGACAUUAUUCCAGAUCCGAUUGGCAAGAAGACAAGAGCGUGCCGAACGGGAAGAGCGGCGUCGCUUAACACAAGAGGCGAGGGCUCGCGGGGAUUUGAGGACAUUAGGCGAUUUAGCAGCUCAAAGACGAGCUGCGCGUGAUAACAGCGCCGUGGAUGAGUUGCGCGAUACGUACGGGCAGAUUAAAGAAAGGAGACAACGUGCAGUCUCUAGUGUCAGCUACCAUGAACUUGGGGUAGCGCAACUCAACGGUACGAGAGUCCGCACGAGUAGUCACGGGAGCGAAGGUGUAGGAUUAUUGUCAGAUGCAGCCAGUAUUGCUUUAUCCACACGCUCGCCCUCGGGGCUAUCUCACCACCGAGGUCGUAGCGCCAGCUCCGUUCUUAGCCUCGAUAGUGAUUUUCCAUCCCCUGGGCUGAGGUCUGGUGCAUCUACGCCACGGAUAGGAAGUAAUCACACCCGAGCCGGAUCGAGCCCCGAAAUAAUCAGCGAAGCGGAUCUAGGCGACAUCGAAAUGCCUCCACCGGACUAUGAGGAUGUCAGCUUAGAUGAUGCAAGAUCGGGAGCUGCGACACCUCUCUUUAAUGAACCCCCACCCGAUUACACGGACCCUGCGCGCGGUCACGAGCGACGGUUAAGCGCACAGACUGCGGAUAGGAUGACAGAGAGCGAAGAUGGCGCGACAACGAAUACUGCACAUGAAACGACUACGAGAGGAGUAGGCGGCGUCCCGCAGUUGCCCAGUUUACGGAUUGGGAGAUUACCGCGGAUUGUAAUCGAACCAUCAACAGCACAUCCCAACAACAACCCCGACAACCCCGACAACUAGAUAUCUCCUUUUUCUAUAAAAGACAAUUCAAGCUCGCAGUUUAUGGAUAAACAGCAAUAGCAGCAGCAGCGGUGGCGGCAUACACACGCCCACAGGUUGUGCGAGACAACACUAAUUCAGC